AAAAAAUAUAUCACUAAAUUUACUGAUUAAAUGGGAGAACAUUUGAGUAAUAAGCGACUCAGUAACAUUUAAGCCUUUAGCUUUACAUAUUGAAAAGAUCUAAAAAUAUAUAUCAAUAAAUAUCCUUAUUUAGGAUAUAAGAUAGACACUCUAAAGAGACAGCUGCUGAGUGAUAUUCAAGAUGUUGAUAAUGAUACCAAGAUUGUUGCUGGGGUUAUCACUUUUGAGUUACAUGUUGACUGGGGUGUAUACAGAUGUCAUAGCAACAUUCUCAAAUGCUCCAGGCGCCCAGAGAUUCAAAGUGAACACAGAUGCUCUGAUACAAUGUGAAGUUGAGGGUGAUCCUACCCCAGGGAAAACAUACGUUUAUGAGGGAUAUAAACUGAAUUCUGGGUCAAAAUAUAACAUUCAAGAGAAUGGAUUGUUAGUGAAGAAUAUUCAAGCUCGUGACGCUGGAGUUUACACAUGUAACAUGACGCAGGUGCAGGAUGGGAAAACCCAGUAUUAUCUGCGAUAUAUUAAUGUUAAGGUUAUCAUCAUGGAGUGUGAUUUCAACAUAGAUUUCUGUGGGUUUGAUGAUAAUAAGAUGCCAGGAGUUGCACACUGGAGGAGACAUACUGGGUCUACGCCUACUUUGAGAACUGGGCCCUCGGGUGACCUUAGUCAUUCUGGUGGGUAUUAUAUCUACCUUGAAUCAGAUGAUGUUAAACCGAAUGGUGAAGUCGUACUCCGAUCCCCAGAAUUAGCCGAAAAUGUUCGACGUGAGAAAAUUGAUAUUGAGUUUAAUUACAACAUGUAUGGUGCAACUAUGGGGUCCUUGGUAAUCUAUGGGGUCUUACCAGAUGAAAGUCGAGAACGGAUCUGGAGUACACAAGGCAAUCUACUUCAAGACUGGAGGAAAAAAGAAUUGUGUGGAUUAACACUGCAACAAUAUCGAUACAUUGAGUUUGUAGGCAAACGAGGCGAGGGAUUAGAGUCAGAUGCUGCUGUGGAUAAUAUUUUGAUAAUGACGACACGGCCAUUGAUAGCUGAACCUGUGCCAACUACAACCUCCACCAAGGCUGUUCCAACUACUAAACCCACUCCCUCAGUAAGUGAUCCGAAUGUCUCUAGUACAAGCGUUGCUAUUGAGAGGAAUACCACAGCCAAGCCUACGUCACCUUCUACAUCUGGGGCAUCAUUACAUCUAUGUGGUAAAUAUACGAGCCUGGCUGUGGCAGGAACUUUAGCACUACUGCUCAGUGCUCAGUACUCUGUGCGGCUUAGAUGACAAUAUGCAAUAUUACCACAUUAUGCCCUCUUAAUUUCUCAGUAUCAUUGUCAGGCCUCAGAACGACUUUAUUAUGCAGAGACAUAUCAGGAUUCUAACCUAAACGCUAACAACUGGGACCAGAAGUCAAGGUCAACUGUGAAGUUACCAUAAGGAUAACAGUGAAAGGAUAUACUUUAAACUAUUUUGGGACCAGAGGUCAAGGUCAAUUGUGAAGUUAAGGAUAAUAAUGAAAGGAUAUACUUUCAACUAUUGUGGGACCAGAUGUCAAGAUCAACAGUGAAGUUAAGGAUAAUAGUGAAAGGAUAUACUUUCAACUAUUGUGGGACCAGAUGUCAAGAUCAACUGUGAAGUUAAGGAUAAUAGUGAGAGGAUACACUUUAAACUAUUGUGGGACCAGAGGUCAAGGUCAACUGUGAACUGAAUGAUAAUAGUGAAAGAAUAUACACUAACCUAUUGUGAGACCAGAGGUCAAGGUCAACUGUGAAGUGGAGGAUGAAGGUGAAAGGAUAUAAUUUAAACUAUUAACAGAAUAAACAAUGAUGAUAUCAUGGAGUCAGUAACAUUAGGAAAAAUCAAAUAUUUGGAAUUCAUAUUCCCAAUAUAAAGUAUAAUAGAAGAUGAUCCCUAUUCAAUUUUGAUGCAGAAAGAAUUUAGUAUACACAAACUCCCCUGUACAAUCGCUAUGCUGUUACAUAUUUGGAGGAGGGCAAGAAAACUGGAGUAUUGGGACCUGAGAUUAUUAGCUUUAAAAUGAUGUAUAAAUUCUGACUAAACUCUUGGAUGCUAUUGAAAUCAAGUUUUUGGCCUUUUUCUAGACCUUGGUCCCCAGAGUAAAGAAUGAGUUCCAGAGAUUUGAUGCGUGACAAGAAUUCUCCCAUUGCAAUAGAAGAUUUAAAUGAUGCUACUAACUUUGACAAUCAUAUAAUAUCAUUCUUCAUGUAUUGAAUUACUAGUGUUUACCUCGGAAUUUUUGCUCAAGUGAGUGCAAAUUUUUCAUUCUCACAAUUCUUUCCAAAAUUGGUCAAAAUAUACCUUUUUAUGUCAUCACUUGAAGUUCUAACACAGGGUGGGGAAUAGGAAGAGAAAUUGGGACAGAACAAAGAUACAAGACCUGUAAGGAUGUAGGAUUUCAUAGCAUUGCUUAUGCAUGAAACAACAUGCUUAUACAGGAAAUAAAAUUUUGUUAAAGAAAUGCACAUGUACAUGCUUAAUGACACAGAAAAUGAACAAUCAGCU